GAAAGCGCUGCGGAGGCGUCGUCGGAGGGCGGGAAGGGGCCGGGUGACCGCAACCUUAUCUUCGACGGUGGCACAGGCUCUUCCCGCCUCUUUCCUUGCAGCCGCGCCUGCCGAAGGCGUCGCCAAAGAGCAUCUGCCCGGGAACAGGAAGGAGCCUCCCUCAAAGCUGCCGAGGCGGCAGCGGCGACGAAACUAGCCAGCCUACGAGAAAUUGGCGCUAUCUGGACCUCGCCAGGAAACGGAACGGAGCCCCGCGGGGGGACGCAGGCAGCUGGACAGAUAUCUUCUCCCGCGCGCGGAGCUGCUGAGCAAGGCUAAAGAACACCCAAGCCACCAUGUGGGGAACGCUCCAAUCCAUUUUAGGAGGUGUAAACAAACACUCAACCAGCAUUGGGAAGAUAUGGCUCACUGUCCUCUUCAUUUUCCGUGUCAUGAUCCUUGUGGUGGCUGCAGAAAAUGUCUGGGGAGACGAACAGUCAGAUUUCACUUGUAACACUCUACAACCUGGGUGCAAAAAUACCUGCUAUGAUGAUUAUUUCCCAGUUUCUCAUAUUAGACUUUGGGCUCUCCAACUUAUCUUUGUGUCUACCCCUGCCCUUCUGGUGGCAAUGCAUGUUGCCUACAGAAAGCACGAGAAGAAACGGAAAUACCGACAUGGGGAGAAAAUUGACAUUGAAAGUCUGAAAGCCCAAAGGUUCCACAUCGAAGGACCCCUAUGGUGGACAUACACCAGCAGCCUCUUCUUCCGAAUUAUCUUCGAAGCGACUUUCAUGUACAUAUUUUAUUACAUGUACAAUGGGUACCGUAUGCCUCGUGUAGUGAAAUGCACCGAUUUUCCUUGCCCAAAUACAGUAGAUUGCUUUAUUUCUCGUCCCACUGAGAAAACUGUAUUUACUAUUUUCAUGCUGGCUGUGUCAGGCAUUUGUAUGCUCCUAAAUGUGCUCGAGUUGUCUUAUUUGAUACUGAAGUCUUGCAUGAAGAAGUCUCAGACCAAGAAACCACUGCCCAAUCAUUAGAUGUUUGUAUGUCAUGUACCUAUUUUGCAUUGCUUAAAAGCUCAUCUGUUUUUAAUUAAACUAUAUUAAAUCACACACCUUCUAAAUAGUGGGAGUCCAUCUUCUUAUUUAACCCAGAGUUCAGAAAUUCUUUUGUCAGUACAGGCUGAUAAUACCCAAAUCAUCUAGUUACAAUUGUGCAAAAGGCUAGUAUUUUGAUUAUUAAACAGCUUUUUUUUCCUCCUUUGAGCGAGAAGAGCGCACAGCCCUCAAACAUCAUGAUUCUUUAUCAGGUGUUUUAUUUUCAGGACUUAGGAUAAGUAACAAUUAUUUCCCUAAUUACUUUACCCCCUCAACUUACUGCAGUUAGUUUUAACUAUGAUUUACAAACCUGGUUUAUUCAGAUAAAUCAUGGUUUGAAGUUGGCAUGUUUAGACAAACCAUUGGACAAACAGGCCAAACCCUACACCAAAGGAUAAAUGGACAUAAAUCUGACAUCAGGAAUUACAAGACAGAGAAACCAGUAGGAGAACACUUCAAUCUCCCAGGACAUUCUAUACAAGAUCUCAAAGUAGCUGUUUUAUUACAGAAAAAUUUCAGAAACAGACUGGAAAGAGAAGUUGCUGAAUUGCAACUCAUUACCAAGCUUAAAACCAUGGAGAGACCUGGUCUGAAAAAGGACACUGGAUUCUUAUCUCAUUAUACAUGAUCAAGCUUUCUUUAGCACCUCAGCCCUUGCUUUUUCCUGCAAGACCAAUUAACAGUCAUCAACAGGUUUAUCACUCCUAUCAGCCAAUCACCCGUUCCCACCACCCUUCUGAGUAAUACCCCUCCCCACCCUCUGACUAUACAUGAGGGUCUGGUGACUUCUGUUUCAGUGUAUCUGAAGAAGUGUGCAUGCACACGAAAGCUCAUACCUGUGACAAACUUAGUUGGUCUCUAAGGUGCUACUGGAAGGAUUUUUUUUAUUUUGUUUAGACAAACCAUAGUUAAAACCAACCACAGUUUGUCCCAGUCUAAAUUUAACAACAGACCAUGGUUAGUUGAAAACAAUACUGAAUGCUUCCAAUUUCAUUCCAGAGGAGGAGAGCAAACUCAAGGCUCGCUCACUUCCAUAAUCAGAGGCAGCCUGUCUCCUCUGAAUACCAUUGGUAGGGGAACAGUGGGACAGGGCUAUGAUGCUCAUGCCCAACUUGUGUGCUUCACAUAGGUACGGUAUCUAGAAACAGGAUGCAGCCUUUAGUCUGACACAGGAGAGUUCUUCUCUUUGCUCUUACACUGCACACUAAACCACAGCUUAGCCAUUAAACCAAAGUUUAGCCAUGUUACGUCUGCAAGCAGCCAAUCCUGAACAUCCUGUGCACACCCUGGCUGCCUUACAUGAUCCUUACCAGGGUUUAAUGGGACUUGAUGCUCUAAAAAUCAUAUAUUUAAUAUGCAUUUCCAUUUGUUGAGAUGUAAAUGCCAUCAAAUUGCUCUGUAACAGUUUUGAUCACCACGCCCGGCAUAAGUUUUGGUGGACUAGAGUGUGCUUCAGAUGCACAGAGUUCCAUGCCUCUGAUGAAAUGGACUCUAGUCUGUGAAAACCCAUGGUAUGAUAAAGUCUGUUAGUCUUUAAUGUGCUAUAAUAUUCUUGGUUUCUAUUAAUCUGGCGGCAAUAGAACUGGGCAUACCACAUAAGAGCUGCCUAUGUGAAUAAAUUGUGGAGAAACUAUAGCUGAGUUCUGCCACUACUUGGUUACUAUUUAAAAAGUGCCUUUCACUUGAUGUAGGAAGAAAGCCAAUUCUGUCCUUUAAAAAGUUCUGAGAAUAUAUAUAUAUAUAUAUAUAUAUAUAUAUAUAUAUAUAUAUAGUGACACCGUUUUGGAAUUAUUGUACUGCUAUUAUGAGCAGUUUCAGGAAAGCACAAAGAUAUAUCAGGAUUAGCUAGAACAAGUAAUUCUGUCUCCCUGAGAACAUCCUUAAUCCAACUAUGACAAACAGGAACUUUGGUGCGUUUCAUGCUUCUGCUUGUUGAAUGCGUAAUUGAAUGAUUGACUGCCAAAAGAACAUUCUGCUAUUCAAUGGUCAGUAUUACAAAAUAUAUUAUUUGUAUGAGUGACACUUUUUUCCUAAUGAUCCUUUACUCAUAAAUAAAUCACAUUUGUCAUGC